AUGUUUUCUCAAACAUUAUUAAAAUUGUAUAAAAUAAAUAUUCUUAGAGAUAGAAAUAGGUAUUUUACAACCAAAUUCCUUAGUGAGCAUUCUGGAUGGCAUUUAAAAGUAUCACUGUGUUUGGAAAGGCAACCUCUCCAAUACACAGAAAAUGAAAUCGAUAAACUAUUUAGAGAAUUCUCAGAAUUAUGGGCUUUUAAAACUAAAAAUACGCUCAGGAUUCCAUCACUUUCAACAAUUGAACGUAAAAUAACACACAAACUUGAGAGAUCUAAAGAAUCGCCAACAAAGUCACCUGUUACAGAUACACCUGAAUCAAAGAAGGAAAUAACUCAAGAAGAUGAUUUGGAGUCUUUACUAAGCUCAGAAUUAGAUUUAAAUUUGUUACCUAGGAGGUCCAGAAGAGUGUUGGACAAAGAUAAAACUGAAAAGGUUUCUAAAGUACAAUCAGAUGAUGAUUUGCAUAAUUUAAAAAGAUUCCCCAAAAGUUGGUUAUUUUUUCUAAUAAAAUACAAGGACUCACCCUGGUCAUUACCAGUUACUGACCUUUACUAUGGUGAUUCAAUUAGAGAGACCCUUUUCCGUCUAUGUGAUGAACAAAUUUCUAACACUUACAGGCCCUACUUUCUGGGCUACUCACCCUUCACAUAUCAGCAGUUGCCUUUGCCAACACACAGAAACUCAAGAUUUUCAUCAAAAGAAUCAGAAAUAGAAGGAGAAAAGAUUUUUUACUAUAGAGCUAGGCAUAUCUCUUCUACCGAGAUUGGAGACUUAGUAACUGAUGGUGUUGAAGACUUUGCAUGGUGUACAUUCGACGAACUUGUAUCAAAGUUGGAUAGAUCAAAGUUCCAUAAGGUUAUAAACUCACUUCCAAUAUUUAACGAUAUUUGAUGCAACAUGUAAUAUAUACAACAUUAAUGUAGUAUAAU